AUGACUGCAAUGGGCGUUUGUGGACCACCGCGGCAGUGUUGGGGUGCGGUGUUGCGGGUGCUGGUGGUGCAGGCGGCGUGGGCGCUGGUGGUGGGUCAGGUGCGGUACUCGGUGGCGGAGGAAGGCAAGGCCGGGACGGUGGUGGGUCGUCUGGCGCAGGACCUGGGCCUGGAGGCGGGCGAGGCGGAGUGGCGUGGGCUGCGGCUGGUGUCGGCGGGCCGUCGGGCGAGCGUGGAGGUGAGCGGGGCGAGCGGGGCGCUGGUGGUGAGCUCGCGGCUGGACCGGGAGGAGCUGUGCGGGAAGAGCGCGCCGUGCGCGCUGCGGCUGGAGGUGCUGGUGGAGCGGCCGCUGCGCGUCUUCCACGUGGAGCUGGAGGUGACCGACAUCAACGACAACGCCCCACUAUUCCGCGUGAACGAAGAAGCCUUUAGCAUCGCGGAAUCAUUGCUGCCCGGUUCCCGUUUCCCGCUGGAGGGCGCGUCGGAUGCAGAUAUCGGAUCGAACGCGCAGCUCUCCUAUACACUCAGCCCCAGCGAGCACUUCAGCCUCAAUCACCAGGGGAAUGACGACCAGACCGCGUCUUUGGCUCUUGUUCUAACGAAACCUCUGGACCGCGAGACGAUGCCUGUGCACCGGUUGGUGUUGACGGCGAGUGACGGUGGCCGGCCGUCUCUGUCGGGGACGAUGGAGGUGUUGAUCUCGGUGCUGGACGCGAACGACAACGCGCCCCAGUUCAACCAGUCAGUGUAUAAAGUGAAAGUUUUAGAGGGUUCAGAGCCCGGGAGUUUGUUAAUCACGCUCAGUGCCACGGAUUUGGACGAAGGGAUCAAUAGUGAUAUUACAUAUUUAUUUAGUAGACAUGUCACUGAAGAAGUUAAAGAAAUGUUCACUAUUGACCAAAAAAAAGGAGAAAUUAGACUUCAAGGGAAAUUGGACUACGAAGAAAUGGAUAGUUACGAGAUCAUUGUAGAAGCGAGAGACAAAGGCUCCCCUCCGUUCUCGGGUCACUGCAAAGUGGUGUUGGAGGUGUUGGACGUGAACGACAACGCGCCGGAGAUAACAAUUACAUCCCUUUCCAGUCCCGUUCCUGAGGAUGCUGUUCCUGGCACAGUGAUAGCUCUGCUGAGUAUUAUGGAUAAGGACCCUGGGGAGAAUGGAAAAGUAACCUGCCAGAUCCCUGAUAACCUUCCCUUCCAGUUGAAGCCUUCCCUUGAAAGCUACUACAGCCUGGUCACCAGUGGGCUUCUGGACCGAGAGCUGAUCAGUGGGUACAACAUCACCAUUACUGCCACAGACUUGGGCUCUCCACCCAUCACCACUCAGAAGACCCUUUGGGUGCAGAUUUCUGAUGUGAAUGAUAAUGCCCCAGUUUUCAGUGCUGACACGUUUGAUGUGUUUGUGGAGGAGAACAAUCCACUUGGUGCUUUUCUCUACCAGGUCUCAGCAUCUGAUGCUGAUAUGGGUGAGAAUGGACGGGUCUCUUACAUGCUCAGGAAUUCCACAGUUGCAGGUAGUGCCCUGGCCAGCCUUUUAUCUGUGAGCUUGGCCAAUGGGAGCAUCUAUGCAAAACGUGCCUUUGACUUUGAGCAGCUUAGGAGCUUCUAUUUCCAAGUGGAAGCCAAGGACAAUGGGUCACCAGCCUUGAGUGCUGCCAUAACUGUGAAUGUUUACAUCUCAGACCAGAAUGACAAUGCCCCAGCCAUCCUGUACCCCACCAGCCAGAAUGGCUCAAUAGCUGUGGAAGUUGUGCCCCGCCUGGCUGAUGAGGGCUACCUGGUGACCAAAAUAGUGGCGGAUGAUGAGGACAAUGCACAGAAUGCCUGGCUCUCCUAUCACCUCACCCAGUCCUCUGACUCCAACCUGUUCCAUUUGGCAUCGCACUCUGGUGAGCUGCGUACCACACGCUCCAUGCGCUCCACUGACUUCCUCAAGCACAAGGUGGUUGUUGUGGUGCAGGACCAUGGGGAUCCGCCGCUCUCCUCUACUGUGACAGUGGGCAUCCUGCUGGCUGACACCCUGCCCCAGGCACUGCCAGACUUUGAUGACAGCGGGGAGCCACCGCCACUGCUCAACACUACAAACAUCUACUUGAUUGUUUCCCUUGCCUGUGUCUCUUGCAUCUUUGCAGCGUUCCUCCUCUUUCUUGCCAUUGUGCGGCUGUGCCGCUGCCAGACUUGCUGCUGCUGCAGCUGCUGCUGCCCAGCUGAUGAGUAUACAAAGUAUUGCUAUAGUGUGCACAUGCUUCCCAGCUCCCACCUCCCACCGGACAUGCUGGAGGUCACUGGUGUGGGUAAACUGACUCAUACCUACUUGUACAGGGCAUCUGUAGGUCUUGGGCCUAGUAAUGACAGUGUCCCAAAUGGUGAUGCUGGGAACGUUCCCAGUGGCUCAAGGUUACAAGUGCCAGGACCCUGCAUCCAAGUGCAGCAGGUCCAAAGUGAUCGGUUGAGUGCUGUCCUUGUGGCCAGUACUCUGUGGUAA